AUGUCGACAUUGUUAUUCCGCGAGUCCAAACUGAGGAACUGGCUGAAUGGCGAGGCCUUGUUCGCCUCAGGGUAAGUCCGUCAGCUGAGUGCUUAUGUUGUGAUUGUACAUGCAUAACAAUAAUCCGCGUGUGAGGGGAGGUACCUGAUCGAAAACACCAAUAAUAUAUGGGUUUCCAUUCAGAAUUAACACUAAAACGGUUGGAAGGGACCUUCGCCCGAGGGCCGUGGGGGAGAGACAGCCGGCUGCCUGACUGUUAUUGUAACUAAACUGAUUGACCUGUUAAUCCGUUCGGCUAGCUGGUUUCGUCUGUUUGAAAAAAAAUCUAACAUUACUUGGCCUAACUUGUCUGUAAUAGGCUGAGCCUCGGCCUUGGAAGCCUGUGAGCCACACCUGAUAUUACACUACCUUUUGUUAUUACUACAAUAAAACCUUAUAAACUGCAAGGAAAACAAACUAUUAGCUAACUUGAGCUAUUAAAAGAAAACAAACUAUUAGCGAACUUGAGCUAUUAAACUAUACGUACUGUAUUAUCAGUACGGUUAACAUUUUGUCUACAACUACACGUAACUCUUUGCCUACAACAAUAUAAAUGAUCAUGAACAGUCGAAUGGCCUUAAAUGCCCGCAGGCGACAUUCCUUUAAUCCUGAACAGCUCCACGUCUCCCCACUAGCUACCUGCUCCAACGGCUCCAUGUCCCCCAGAGCUAUCCUGACUCGUAACCGAAGAUCUUUUGUUUUCAGCAAUCACGCCACUCCCGUCAGCCCAAUUCCAGCCAAUCCAGCUAGUCAGCCCAGUCCAGCACAACAACAACAAUGUCAGCAGAUUGUGGCUAUCGAUUCCAAGAUUGAACAGGCUAUGGUAAGUCGUAUAUUUGAUGAAAAAAAGGCUAAAGCGAUUUUAAUAAGUUCAGCUUGCGCCCAGCUUGUUUUUAAUCCUGCAGCCUGCACGUGACAAGUUAUACGAUAAAAAAGCCAAAUUUGCAAAAUUAAAGGCAAAUAACAUGAUAUUUGUGACAAAUAUGUUUUCGUGCAAAACCCUAAUUAAUACCACGAGCAAUAUCACUAUGAUAUUGUAGGUUGUAGUUAUAUUUUGUACUUUUGAACAAAAUUUUGAAAUUUGUCACGCCAUCGCGGAGUUCUCGGAGGAAUUCCGACUUGCUGAAGUCAUCUGUUAGGUGGAUGACAUUUCGACCUUGAAUUAUUAAAACUUUCCAUCAAUUAUACUACCGUUCUCUGUCUGCCGUUUCUCUCUUUCCACACUCUCUCGUCGUUCGCAGCAACUUUCCUUACACUCCGCCUUGGAAUCGACCAAAGAUUUGAUAGUUCGGAUGUUCAAAUGCACGGUACGUUGCAUCAUUAUGACCUCUUUUCUCCCCCAGGGUACCUCCUUCGCAAUUACACCGCCUCAGGGCAUGGUAAUUAGAAUUGAUUACAAUUGAUGUUGUAGUGGUAAGGGUAAUGUAAUCGGGUGUACGCUUCGAUGGUUACUCUGUCAAGGUCAGAUUGUAAACAGUAACAAUAUAACUCUACCAAAACACAAAACUGGGUUACGGUAGUUGCGACACAAACUAGAAUUUUAAAUUUUUAAAGUUUGGGUAUACUGUAAAUUAACUUAAUAAGGUUAUAAGGUUGCUACUGUAGAAAACUCAAGACUUUUUGAUACUAAACUUUUUGGUCUUCGUAUACUACAGUAUCUAGUUUCAAUUUUCAAAAGCUACAGUACCUUGUUUCUUCACUAAAUCAAAUUUUAAAGUUACAGUACUUUUUCUCUUCUCUAGAUCAUAUUUUAAUGUUACAGUAUGUAGAUUUCAUUAUUUGUGGGUGGAAGUAAACAACAAGAUAAACAGUUAUGACAUUACCGUACAUGAGUGACCUUGACACCACAUAGUAACCUUUAAAGAUACUAUCACAACAGGCCACGCCCUUUACAAUCCUUUAAAUUGGUCUUUUGUUCAUUAUCACCUUGCAAAAACAACCAGUUCUGUCAUCAAACCCGUCUAUAUAAGCGAACAUGUGGAGCUCCGAGAAGGACUUUGGCCAACACUUUGCGGUAUGUCAUAACUUAUAUGUCGUUAAUUAUAUGUCAUAAAGAACGGCAUGGUAUCUUGAUGUCAAGUUGUAAACUGUGCCAUGAUACCUUGGUGUCAAGUUGAGAUAUCUUUUGGUUUAAACUUUUUAUCUGAUAGUGCUAUCUAUUAGUAUUUUUACAUAAUUCUGUGCCUUCUAAACAUGUAAAUUGGCUUUGAGAGGGGGCCCAGAAUUACUUGAACAAACUAAUAAAUAUAAUGACAUAAGUUUUUGCAUGCUUACUGUAUACGUCGUCUUGUUCGGUAUCUUUUAGUAUUAUGCUAGUUUAUACCUUGUAGUAUCCCACAAUGUCAUACAAUAACAUCGUGGUAAAUUAUAUUUAUUUAUAUUGUCUUUUGUGUCAGAUGCCAUCAUAGUACAUUGUAUGUAUUUAUAUUGCCAUGGUAUUCUUUUUUAUAUUGUUUUAGUUGUCAGUAAUGACAGUUGUCGUCUUCUAUUGAAUAUUAACGGAUUCAUUGCACGGUGCACUCACUUACAUUUAUAUUGCACCGUGCAGAUUUUUCAAAAUAUUUUAAAAUUUUUUAAAAAUGCACGUAGAAAAGCAGAGUAGAGUAGCAAACCAAAGUGUAAUUUAAAGUGCAGAUAAUUUACUAUUAUUUUUCAAAUACGAUGACUUAAACAUGCUAUUACUUAUGUUAACACUCAUAUAGUAUGUUAAUAUCCAUACCUUUCAGGAUUUAGUCAAGACCCACCUCAUGUUUGCGGUCCGUGAAGAAGUGGAGAGUUUGCGGUCGAGAAUCAUGGAACUAGAAACUACAGUAAGUCUGUUUACCACGUUAAUGGGUGUGUCUCGCUCCGUUGUGCACUCAGUCACAUGGAGAAGGUUCUUUGUGCCAUUACUAUCAUGAUAACUAACAAAUUUUACAAAAUUUACCAAAAUUUGUUGAUUUUGCGGCGAAAAAUAAGGAAAACAGUGUAAAUUACAGUAGGCGUGGUUAAAAGAAUUAUAACCCGAUCAGUUUUAAUAACUCUAUCAGUUUUGUAAGAGAUCUGUCAUGUUAAUGCUGUUAAAAUAAGGAGAUCUGUCAUCUUACUGCUGUUUAGAUGACAGAGUUGUUCUUGAAGUUACAGCUUUGUUUAAAACAAUAUUACCUGAAAAAGUACAAGUUUGUUCCAAAGAUUACAAUAUAAAUGAUGGUUACAGUACACGCCCAGUGUAAUAAUUGCUGAUAACUAGGUUUUUGGAGAAAAAUACUCAAUUAAAAGCAGUUUUUUGAUGUGUAAUCUGGUUGAUAAUGACGCACUUGGUCUUCUGAUAACAUACCGUUUAAAAUUACAUUGAACUGGCUUAAACUUGCAUUGUUAGAGUAGAUAUUAACAUACAAGUACUGCACUGUAGAGUAAAAAUUUAUCUUGAUAAUUAACCAGCAAUUAUCAAUUCUUAUUUUACUCCAAAGUAUCACAUUUAAACACCCAAAACCCACAAAUAUAACCAUGAUAUUGUAGGUAGUGCACUUGGAAGCAGAAAACUCAAUCCUCCGUGAACACGUGCCUCAGGACGUGCUCCAAAGCCUCAGUAUACAACCACAGACCGGUGGACUAGCCUCGAUGGGGUAA